AUGUCCCGGAGACCGAGCGGCUCGUUUGGCCGCAGCGGAAGCGCCUCCAGCCACCUCAGCAGCGCAGGCGGGGGCGGCGGCGACGCCGGAAGCUCGACUGCGGCGGCACCGGCGGUGUACUGCGUGAACCCCGUUCUCUUUGAGAACUGCGGUGCGCUGCUGAAUGCGCCGAGCGGGCUGACGACGACAGCUGUGCUCAAGGUACUGCAAAGCACCGGCAACAAGACGUCCAUUUCGCUCGCCAAGUGGAAGGAGACAGCUAUGAUGGUGCUCGGGCUGCGCGAGUCAACUGCGUACGCCAUAUUCGACGUUUUUUUCGCCUUAAGCGGGGGCUGCAUCCAAAACACGCCCGCCUAUUCGGGUGGGGAGCGGUCCAGCGUGGCGCAGCUGCGUCAGGAGAGCAAUCGUGCUCUGCUGCAGAAGAUGGGCGGCACUGUUGAUCAAAACCGCUGGCCAGCCGCCUCCACCGCGCGACAGGUGAGUCUGCCAGGGCUUCUUGUCUUUCUACUUUGUCAGCUGUUCGUGGAGCGCAGGCGGGCUGGCGCGCCCAACAAGCUCACCUCAGAGGCGGUGGCCGAGUACGUUCGGCAGCAUCUGCACGAUUUCAUCAGCGCCGUCGCCGCUACGCGUUCGUCUCGUCUGACCCUGGCUGACGCAGCAGAGCUUGGCUAUUUACUUCGUGAGGUUGUCAACGGUGUUGAGCAGCCGUUCGGGCUCAGUAUCGGCUUUCUUUGGCAAUUUAACGAAAAGACGAUUGACGUCGCGGUUCUCUCCCAGUACCUGCGAGUGCGCAUCCGGGCCAACAGCGAAAUAGCAAAGGUCGGCAGCGUCGCCACGACAGCAGCAAACGCUUUCGGCUUCAACAACGUCACUGUCCAGAACCUAGACAGUACAGUCCACAUCACGCCGUACGCCCUUCUGCCCGAUAUAGCGUUCCGUCUGCUGUCAUCUAACUUGACCAUCUCGAACUGCUCACAGACGCACAUCUACGCUCCCUCGGUGCUCCCCCACACCCAACUUAGCUCCCUCACGAACUGCACCGUCUUACUGGGUCCGGUGAGCGGUGUACUGAGUGUGCAGAACUGCCAUCACUGCUGCAUCUCCGCCCUUUGUGGAGCGAUUGUGGUGAGCAACUGCACGAACGUCACUCUGUACGUAUGUGUGAACACACCGCCAGUGCUCCUGUCGAACGAGAGCUUGAACGGCGGCGUGGGGAUGACAGGGGCGAGCAGCAGCAAGACGAACGGUGCAGCAUCUUUUCCUCCCAGGAGCGGGGUGCGCUUUGCUCCGUACAACUCAUUCUACCCCGCCAUUGAGCAGCACAUCAGCAGCUCCGGCAUUAGCCCGCUGCUGAACGUAUGGAACGUGGGACUGCCUGAUCACGAAUCGAUUCUGCCACCCUCGGAGUUCCAGAGCAUGCCCUUUCCCCUGACGCACUCUGCCAACCUUAGCAAUGUUACCCGCACAAACCCAUGCCCACUGCCGAUGCCGUACCGUGAUGCAGUGAACCGCCGUCUGCAGCGGCUACGUGAUGUGAACGAGGCUAUCGCUGAUGCCACCGGGCAGCUGAGGGGGGCCGGGCGCAACGACCUUGUGGAUGAGCUGCACCAACGCGUCACAUCCAUGUUCCGCGACUGGCUGAAGGAGACGGGGCAGGAGCACAUCUUGGCAGACUUGACACACACCGUGGCGCCAAGCAAAACAGUGGGCUGA